GGUUUGAACCCCAGAAAGCCAGACAGAAUAUAUACACUUCUGUUCAUUCAUUCAUUCAGCUUUCUGUUCCCUCAUUCAUAAUCUAAAGUUGACGAUUCCAAUGGGUUACGAGAACGAUCCGUACCGCGAUGAGGAUGGAGAGCCCUUGAUGGAUUACGACGACGAGUUUCAAUCGGAUCAUGAUGAUGCUAAUAACGGUCAGCAUCAGCACAUUCUUGAGGACAAUCUUGAUGAUGAAUUAGAAGAUAACGAUUGGCAGAGCAGUAGGCAAGAGCGGUCCCCGACUCCGAUAUUCAAUGAAUCUGAUUCGAAGUCUAAGCCUCGUAAACGGUUAAUCAAGAAGAGCACGGCUGAAGAGAGCGUGCCGGAUUUUGCCAUUGAUGAUGACGUGGAGGAUGAAGCGACGGCUUUUGUGAGGGAUGAUUCCGAUAGCGGCGGUGGGAAGAGGAAAAGCAUGUCCAGUGGUGGUGGGAGUAGUAAGAAGAAGGAGAAGAAGUCUAGUUAUUCCAAGUUUUCAGAUAAGGGUGGGAGAGAUAGGGAGAAAAGUGCCUCGAAGUUUAAGGUGAAUAGUAAAAGGGGUGGCCGUUCUGGUGGUGACGAUGCAGAGGUUAAGGAGAUGUGGGACACUAUUGCUGGUGGCGAUUCUGAGGAUGACAAAGAGGGUACAYGGAUGGUGGAUGAUGAUAAUUUCAUAGAUGAUACAGGUGUUGAUCCAGAUGAUCGAUAUGGCAGUGACCAUGGAGGUUAUUCUCCAAGCCGUGCUCCUCAGGMUGAAGAAGGUGAAGAAGAUGAUGAAAUUAAGGAUCUUUUCAAGACGGGUAAGAAGAGGAAAAAAAAUGAGAAAAGUGCAGCUGAGAUUGCCUUACUUGUUGAAAAUGUUAUGGCUGAGCUUGAAGUUGUGGCAGAGGAAGAUGCAGAACUAAAUAGACAAUCAAAACCAGCUAUAAAUAAACUCAAAAAGUUGCCUCUUCUAACAGAAGUACUAGCCAAGAAACAGCUUCAAUUAGAGUUCCUGGAUCAUGGUGCUCUAACUCUUUUGAAGAACUGGCUUGAACCCCUUCYAGAUGGAAGCUUGCCUAAUAUAAACAUCCGAGCAGCAAUAUUGAAGAUCCUUACUGAGUUUCCAAUUGAUUUGGAGCAAUUUGAUAGAAGAGAGCAAUUAAAGAAGAGUGGACUUGGAAAGGUCAUCAUGUUCUUGUCGAAGUCUGAUGAAGAGACCACAAACAACAGAAAGCUUGCUAAAGACUUGGUUGAUAAAUGGAGUCGUCCAAUAUUUAAUAAAAGCACACGGUUUGAGGACAUGCGAAACUUCGAGGAUGAGAGGACUCAAUUUAGGCGGCCUUCAAUGAAAAAGCCUAUGAAUAAAGCUUCAGGGAUGCAGUCUAGAGAUGAUGAUCUUGAUUUGGCYGAAUAUUCUCAAGAACCGAAGUCUGGAAACUCAUCUUCUAGGCUAACCUCAAGGCCUGAAGCCAUGCCAUUGGAUUUUGUUGUGCGCCCUCAAUCUAAGAUUGAUCCGGAUGAAAUCAGAGCCCGAGCUAAACAAAUUGUGCAAGAUCAGCGCCGUCUAAAGAUGAACAAGAAGUUGCAACAGUUAAAGGCACCGAAAAAGAAGCAGCUUCAAGCUACAAAGCUUAGUGUGGAGGGUCGUGGUAUGGUGAAAUACUUGUAAAGCAGAAGGCKGGAGUGGACUUUAAUCACAAUCGGGUAUUAGCAGCAUCGAAUUGCUUCAGAUAUUGACGAAUUAAAUAAAUUUUGUCCAUGGAUAAUUAAAGAAUAUAUAUAUAUAUAAAAUGUCAGCUUGGUGUUUGAGAAGGUAGUUUGCAUGCUUUUUAGCCUGAAACAUGGAAUGGAAGAAAGCUCCUGCUGUGUAUAUAUGUGGUUUCACUUGCUUCUUUUUGUACGGUUCUGUCCCCAAUUGAAUUCCAAACACAUGUUUAUAUUUAUAGGGCUACUUUUGU